AUGGGAAACGUUCAGUCCCAUUGCAAGUCCUCCAUUCCUUCUGCCCUCUACCUGAGGGAUCAAAGAAAAUUCAGCAUCUCCUCUCUGGUUGUCACCAACCGGAGUGGAGCUGUUCUCUUGGUGAUCUCACCAAAUGGCUACCCAGCAUCGCAGAUAUCUGCUAAGAGAGAUGCUGGUGAUAACACCCCUAUUGAAUUCAUUCAGGACCCUGAUCCUCCCUUCAACCCACUCAACAACAGCCAGGGCCCGUCCUUCAUCUUGCGGCUAACCAACGAGGACGAGCUCCACUUCUGCUUUACUUUCGUCAUUCGACAAGAAAAGGGCACAGCCGCCCCCAAGCCAACCACUGUCAAUGGCGUCUCUAGUGCCCUCCCAUCGGGCAUCGACAACACGGUCAAGAGUCUCACUUUUGCAUACGCUGCAAAUGCAAAGGACCUUGACAAUCUGGUCACGCAUGAAUUUCACGCGGACCCGAAUAUCCAAAACAACAACGAAAACGUUCGCCACAUUGGCACCUUCAACACUGGAGGGUCGCCAUCGGUGCAAUUCGACUGGUCGUGGAAAUGGAAGCCACCAGUCAAAAUUGAAGAGAAAUGCGGCGGAUGGCGCAAUUGCUGCAGUUUUCUCGACUACGACGAGAGGUCCAACAGAUUGAACACCCUGGCCUGGUUCCAAUACUGGGUUCAAGGACCCCCCAGACCCUCAACAAGCCCAAGUUUCGAGUCGACCGGUUUUGAGCUCGCGGUGCCACAGCGCAACCGACAGGUCUCAUCCCACUCGAACGUCUCUAGAACAAGUGACCCAAAUGAGUCAAACGACGAACUUGCCCCCGCGGCACCCACUGUCGAAUACCAGGAUUGCUUUCGGAGAUUCACAGCGCACAACAGCAACAAUGCCGUCCAAAACGUGCAACCAUCCACCAGUGCGCUGGGAGGUCCCAAGGUGGAUGUCACCUGUCACCAUCCUGGCGAGGAUAUGUGCGCGGUCGACGACGGUCCCCUAUUCCGGGCCACCAUGAAAUCCCUCGAACAAAAGACUGGAAAUCUACGCACGAGAAUGAAGAAGCUGCUCAAAAAGGCCGAAGUAGCUUACCACGCUCGUAUUAGUUGCCAUGAUGCAAUUUACAACUUUAUCAAAACUCUCGGAGAUACUGCAAAGGCCAACGCGCCAGCUAUACAGCCUGCGCUUGACCAUUACUUUAACCGUGCGGGGCGUGAGCUCCUCGCAGCCGAACGACUAGACGCCGAAUACAUGCAUGAAUUCGUCGUCAAACCUCUAUCGCGAUUUUACCACGUUGACAUGAAGCAAGCCGAUGCCAAGAAGAAAGAAUUCGAUGACGAGAGUAGAGACUACUACGCAUACGCUAGCAAAUACCUCGGUCAACGACAAGAUUCCCUCAAGGAAAAGAAACGAGUCGAGAGUGACUCAAAAUACCAAAUGAAAAGACGCAAAUUCGAACUAAGCCGAUUCGACUAUUCCUCUUUCAUGCAGGAUUUAACUGGCGGAAAACGUGAACAGGAGUUGCUCGCCAGCCUCACCCAAUUUGCCGUUUGUCAGGCAAAUGCCCAUAUCUCAACUUCACGGGGGGUCGAAGCCUUCCUACCUCAUCUUGAUGCUCUCGUCGAUGAAGUCAACAAGGUCGAUAAAGAGUUUAAAACUCAACGUACCGAACGCGAAGAAAAGCGAAGACUUCUCGAGAAUAGCAGCAAGAAAUACAUCGAACCCGACACAGCCCAAAACCCCGGCCCAUCUCCACCUACUCCAGGUGGCAACAGCACUACAAAUAACAACGCGACCUCCUACACGUCCGAUUCCGACCUUGGCCAUGCAGAUGGCACUAACUCGACUUUUCGUGGCUAUUCUGGCAAUACUUCGGGGCGAUCGAAUUCACCCAACGGAGGAGCGACGGUUCCUACCGGCUCCAACACCGGGCCUGUCUCUUCCACACAAAACCGUUUCAAAGGGUUUCGUGACUUGGAAGAGCGCGAUAGCACUAGUAAGGCGGCCACAGAGGGCGCAAACGGACAGCAAAAGAAGGAGGGGUUGUUGUGGGCUUUAUCACGCCCUGGGUCGCAUAUGGACCCGAAAGGGAUCAACAAACAAGCGUGGCACAAGUAUGUCUCUUUCUCCCCUUUUUUUAACGUUCCUAUCUUUAGGAUUUCUAACGCCAUUGAUAGAUUCUGGAUCGUGCUCGACCAAGGCAAGCUUUCAGAAUACAGCAACUGGAAGCAAAAGCUGGACUUGCACAUGGAUCCGAUCGAUUUGCGAAUGGCCUCUGUACGUGAAGCGCGCAAUGCGGAAAGACGUUUCUGCUUUGAGGUUAUCACGCCACAGUUCAAGCGAAUCUACCAAGCCACUUCUGAGCAGGACAUGGGAAACUGGAUCACAGCCAUCAACAACGCCCUACAGAGCGCUGUAGAAGGACGAGUCUCCACCCCACGUACCAAACAAACUACACCAAAGGAAAAAUUAUCUGGACGCACAAUAGGAUCCGCCCUGACUGGCAAAUCCGUGUCUCCAUCUAACUCAAACAACAUGGGACGUCGAACAACGGUUGGCGCACGGCCCGGCUACAUGAGAAGUGGCAGCCAUGGCUACGAUGACGAUCCCGCCAAAUUACUUCAAACCAUACGCGCAGCUGAUGAAGGCAACACCUGGUGUGCCGAUUGCUGCUCAACAUCAAAGGUUGAAUGGGUUUCCAUCAACCUCGGCAUAGUCCUCUGCAUUGAAUGCAGCGGAAUCCAUCGAUCCCUCGGAACACACAUCUCCAAAGUCCGAUCUCUCACACUCGACAUUCACUCCUUCUCCAACGACAUUGUGGAAAUCCUACUCCAAGUAGGUAACCGAAUCAGCAACAUGGUCUGGGAAGCACAGCUAUCCCCAGGCGUCAAGCCCGGUCCAACAGCGACCAGAGAGCAACGCCUAAAAUUCAUCACCGCAAAAUAUAGCGAGCGUGCCUUCGUUCGUGUAGUCUCACCCGAAUCACCUGAAUACAACUCUCCUGUCGAAACACUCUUCAACGCCAUCGAAAUGAACGACAUCCAAGGUGUACUCUAUGCCAUUGCCUUAGGAGUCAAUGUUAAUGCUAUUGAUACCAACCGCAAAACCAACGCUCUGACUGCUGCCUUGGAUUCAGCAGAUCCAGCACCAGCUAUUUCUCCUCCAGCGAGCCCUAGCUUGGGCCGCCAAAGACCAUUUAUCCCGAGCCGUUCUUCCAGUGCUAGCGCCAUAGCUAAGCCAUUCCCUAUUGCCGAACUCCUUGUCCAGAACGGAGCCAUCAUGCCAUCAAAAUUGCCAACUUCUCCCCUCUCUGAAUCCGCGCAGCUUUAUCUCACCCAACGAAACGUUCGAUCCUCUCGUCUUGACGGUGGGGGUAGUAGCACCGGGGAUACCCUGAGUGCUCUACCUACUAUCCGCGGACUUGAAGGUAACGGUUCGUCCAUGCCGGCGGUCGACAGCAAAGAACGAGAGAGACUUCACAAGCGAGGCAGUGCCGGAGCUCGAUUUGCAGGAAAGGUGUCGGCGUUUACACCAUAA